UGCAGCCUCUGGACCCGCUGCCAGCAGGGCCCGGCGGGGCGCAGAGCUCCCCAGCAUCGCCGGGCUGCCUUUCUCUGAGCAUGUUCGCCUUGAGAGCGGUGCCGGAGCAAGCGCGCGGCCGCCCGGCCCGCACCGCCCAACACUCUGCCUGGUCCGGGGGCUCUGCUCUGAGCGUCGCUGGCUCCCCCGCUGCCCGCUGCCCCCGCUGCCGGAGGCUCAGACCUGGGCACCACUGUCCCCGGCCUGGCGGGCGAAGAAGCCCCUGCCCUCCAUGGCGGAGCUGCGGGGACACAUCUCACUUUCAUCAUUGUUGUUGAAAGAAGAAAAAAUGCCUGUGCUAUCUCCUGAAAUCAAAGUCGAGACUUCCAGUGUCACCAAAAAUUCCCUUGACAAUUAUUUUCUUUUUGAGAGUAGCUGGAGGAAAGCAGUUUUAGAAACACAGAAGUUGAGAAAUGAAUACACCAGAACAUUUGGUCUAGAAGAACUCAAAGAACAUGUCAAAAUGCCAUAUUUGCCAGGAUUGCAAAGUUGCCAAAAAAGUAUGAGUUCAUCUCCACCAGAGUUUCGUGGCAGACGGCUGCGUGCUGAUUUCCAGAUGCCUCCAGUCAGCCAUUCUGAUGAGAACAUGUUGAGUUGCCUGCAAGUAUUUUAUCCUCCUCUGCAUAUUGCCCCCCGCCCUGUGAAGGAACGGUGUUGGCAAACCAGGAUAAAAAAGACUAAGGAGAUCUGCACUGCCGUACCACUUCAAGAGAGUGAAAAAGGACUCUCAAGGUAUUCUAAUUCUUCAAUCAAUAUUGGUAGAGCUGCUUUGACUCCCUGUGUCAGUAGCAUGGCCUAUUGUAGACAAGAGCACUGGUUUUGGAUUCAGCAAUCCUCUCGUUGGAGCAUCAUCUCAAUACUUACAGAGACUUUCCAAAAUGGCCCUAUUAGAAUAUGAUACCAUUUGUCACGAAACAACCAGAAAGUCAAAAAAGGGUAGGAAACGAGAGCUGCGAGACUGCUGGUAACUCAUGCUGUGUGAUGAUUUCUUCACUGGCUUUUAAGGCUUAUACUUUCUUCCUUUCUUUUUCUUUUUUUUGGUACCUGAUAUGAUAUGGAAUGAUAUCUGGAACAGUAGAAAUGUAAAUAGGAAAUAAAUAUUUUAUGUUACAUACAGAAUAAUUUGUUUUGUUAGCAUUACAAAUAAGCAUUUAAGUUAUUAUAUAUGCAGACAUAAGCAUAAGAAAAAUUAUAUUUCAUGAAUUUUGUGCAUGUUAAUUAUAUUUUUUGACUCAACUUGAAGAAUGUUUUUUGAGUGCCCGCUUGUACAAUGACCUUCCCUGGGAGCCACAGAAGAUUUAAAAAAAGAGUUAGCUCUUCUCAUUGGGGAUAGAAAAUGGCCAAUUGAAACCCCUCCUCUUCCCUGCUUAAGUUUGAAACAGGUGUGAUGUAAGUAUUCAAGCAAAUGAAGAUGAAAAUAUUAGCUUUGCUUUCUGAUAGGACGUGGAACGAAAACCCUGGCUUAGAUGUGUGGCCACCUCCUGACAGUGAACUUCAGAACUGGGCCAAUGCACAAACCCAGGCAGUGAUGACAAGCUCAGGCUUACCUGCUGAGUCAGGGCUUCCAUGGCCAAGCAGACAAGAUUCCUCACUGUGUAGACAGGCAGAUCCCUGAGGGGUAAGGGAAUGGGGAGAUGCCUGUUCCUUUUCUGUAAAGAGGAGGAAAGUCAAGCUCAGGAGUACUCUGCUUCUUUAUAAAACCUGAAGGGUGGGGGAGAAGUGUGUGUCAGUGCACCUAUCUGAGGAACCAGGAGAAAUCCAGGCCACCUGAGGCUGUGAUCCAGGGAGAGUGGGAUCCAUGCCACAGGAGAGGCAGAGUGUCACAGAGGUUCCAGAACAGGGUGGUAGCAUCCACUGGGAAAGUUUCAUGGAAGAUACAGUGUUUGAAAUGGAACUUAAAGGCAGGAAAGAUGGAGGAAGAGGGCAUUUCUAGAAAGAUGAAAUAACAUAGCUGAAGUACCCUGUGCAUUUCGGAGUGACUAACAUGGUUGGAACACUGGGUAGUAGAGGCUGAGUGGCAGAAGUCACAUGCCUACAGGCACCAAGCCAAGGACCACAUUAGUGACUCAGUGAGAUGAAGGCUGCAGGGACCUAGGGCACUCACCAGCCAGCCUCAGCCCUCCGUGCCACCUGUGAAUGAAGGCCAGCAUUGCCAGAUAUUCCAACUUUGUAUGAGAAGCUAGACUCCAGAUUUGUAUGUGAAAACUUUCAAUGUGUAAAUGUUAGCAACUAAUUUGAAAUAAGCAGCUAAUUCAAAAUUUAUAAAGCCAUUGUGUGGGCCAGAGAAAGUUGCAUGUGCAAGUUAGGGCUGGCUUUGAGGGGGUAUUCAUUUCUGCAACCUCGAGGAGGUAGGGCUUGAGAUAGCCAGAUGAGAUCUGGUAGAGAGCCUUAGAUCAAAGCAUGAGUUUAUAUUUCCUCCUUUUCACAAUGGGAGAUUUUGAGAAUGAAAAUAGAUUAUUGCUUUUAUAAUUUAGAAGGAUUCAUCCAGGUAUAGUUACUAGGCUAGAUUGUGAUGGGAGGAGCCUAAGGGCAGGGAAACCAGUGAGGAGAUGUUUAUAAAAAUUGAGGUAAGAGUCUCUGGUGGAAAGUUACAAACAGGACAUCAAGGGGAAUCACCUAAGAUCAACUGACUGGAUGGGCAUAGGUUAUCAAAACAGGAAGAGUGAAAACCAGCUCAUUUCCAGUUUUAGACCUAAGAUUCUCUUUUGCUAGUUUCAGGGAAUAACAAGAUGAAUUCAGCUUUGAGUAUAUUCAGUUUCAGGUGCCAUCAAGACAUCCACAGAGAUGCCAAACAGGUAGUUAAAAGCAGGCAUAUAGUUCUGGAAAAAAGGUAGUUGACUAGAGUUAGAACUUGGCAAAACAUAUGUAUUGCAAAGGCUGAGUUUCCCUGCUAAAAACUUAGAGAGAAAGGAGAGCCCAGAUUCAGAAGGGAUGGGAGGAAACAGGAAGAAGAAAAAAAUAGAAGAAAAAAAGAAAGCAUUACAGAUACAGGAGAAUGGGCAUAUUUCAUGUUCUUUCAUGCUUUAUAUUACUAUAUAAAAUGCACUAUUGAUAUGUAUAUGUUUGUAUGCAUUAUCACAAUGCAUUAUGUAGUUCCUCAAGGGUAACUACAUAAACUUACGUGGAGAUGCUUGUGCUUGGAUCUGAAUUUCGAUUGCAAAUGAUUUAAUUAUUACCUGUACCUUUAUAUCUUCUAGUCACCCAUUCCAAGUGUGGUUAAUGACUUAAGAAAUGGGAAACAGGAGAAAAAGUCAUCUCAGACAAAAAUUUGAUGAGCUCUUUUUUUUAUUGUUUUGUGAUGAGCACUUAUAAAUAUUGGGUUGGCUAAAAGUUCAUUUUUUUUUCUAUAAGAUGGCUCCAGUAGUUCUUAGUUGUCUUUAAAUUCAUUCAAAACAAUUUUGUUAGAUUGUAUUGUGACAGUUAUCAUAUCAGCAUGCAUUUAAGAAAACUUAUCAACAUUAGUGAGCUUGUGUGUAGCCAUUUUAAUAUUGAAGAUAGAAGAAAUAAGCAACAUUUUGGCAUAUUAUGCAUUAUUAUUUCAAGAAAUGUAAAAACACAACUAAAAUGCAAAAAAAGAUUUGUGCAGAGUAUGGAGAAGGUACUAUGAUUGAUCAAACAUGUCAAAAGUGGUUUGUGAAGUUUUGCUGGAGAUUUCUCGGUGGAUGAUGCCUCAUGGUUGGGUAGAUCAGUUGAAGUUGACAGCAAUCAAAUCAAGACAUUAAUGGAAAAUAAUCAAC